CGAUGAUAGCCCGUUCGACCAAAUCGUGGCGGAAACCCAAGUCAUUUAGAACAUGCAGGUGCCGCCCGUCGCUAAUUACUCCAUGCUCCGUUACUUGGAAUGGGAAUGGCAUGAGUCAUGUUGAUGCUGCAAGUGAAAUAGUCUGCUGCAUGACUGGGAAAGGCUCUGCGUUCCUGAUCCAGACACCGACGACAUCAGACAAUGUGAGCAAACCUGCCGUCUUGAUCCAGCCCUCGCAGGGGGCAUCCCGUCAACCAUCAGAACACGUCUUAUCUCCCAAACACCUGGUAUCGUGCUCGACACAGAGCCCGAAGAGUGCUGGCAACGACAUAGCACGCAAAAAUGCCGGGAACCAUACUGAAGGAAAAGCCCCUUGAUGUCGCCAUAAUCGGCGGCGGCAUCACGGGAGUGACACUAGCCCUUGGCCUCCACAAGCGCGGUAUCAACUUCACCAUCUACGAGCGCGCAAGCAGCUUCCACGAGAUCGGCGCGGGAAUCGGGUUCACGCCCAACGCGGAGCGAGCCAUGAUGGCGCUGGACGAGCGCAUCCACCAGGCCUUCCGCAAGGUCGCCACCCAGAACUCAGAAGACUGGUUCCGAUGGGUGGACGGGUACAAUUACGACAGGUCGAACCCGGGCGACAUGGACGAGAAGCCGAUCUUCAAGCUGUAUCUUGGUGAGAGAGGCUUCGAGGGAUGUCGCCGCUCCGACUUCCUGCAAGAUCUCGUCAGCCAUAUACCGGAAGAGAGGGUGAAGUUCGGCAAGAACCUGGACUCAGUGACUAACAAUGGAGACGACGAGAAACUUCAGCUAAACUUCUGCGACGGAACGGUAGAACAUACCGACAUUGUCCUCGGCUGUGACGGCAUCCGCUCACGCGUACGCCAACUCCUCGUCGGCAUCGACAACCCAGCCGCACACCCGACCUACACCCACAAGUACGCCUUCCGCGGCCUCAUCCCGAUGGACCGAGCCCGCGCCGUGCUCGGCGACUACAAAGUCUCCACACGCUUCAUGCACCUCGGGCCCGACGCCCACGCCCUCACCUUCCCCGUCGCGCUAGGCGCGGUCCUCAACGUCGUCGCCUUCGUCACCGACCCGUCCGACUGGACAUCCAAGGACGGCAAGCUGACGGCGCGAGCCACGCGCGCCGAGGCCGAGGCCGCAUUCUCGGCCUUUGGCCCCGCCGUCCGCGCCGUCAUGGCCCUCCUGCCCGACGAGCUCGACAAGUGGGCCGUCUUCGACACGCGCGACCACCCGAUGCCGGCGUACCACGCGGCGCGGGGGGCCGUCGGCGGCGGUCGCGUGUGCGUCGCGGGGGACGCGGCGCACGCUUCCGCGCCGCACCAUGGCGCCGGUGCGGGGUGCGGGAUCGAGGACGCGCUCGUGCUCGCGACGGUGAUGGCCGCGGCUGAGAGCGAGGUUGCGGCGCGGGGGAGGGAGGCGCGUGCGGGGGUGCUGCGCGCGGCGCUGGAGGUGUACAACGAUGUUCGCUACGAGCGGUCGCAGUGGCUCGUCGAUAGCAGUCGGAGGAUUGGCGAGCUGUUUGAGUGGCAGGAUCCUGACUGCGGUAGCGACCCGGGAAAGCUUGGUCCCGAGAUUGAGUGGCGGUCUCGCCGGAUCUGGGAUUAUGAUAUAGAUGCCAUGGUGGUCGAUACGCUGAGCCGGUUUUCGCGGAGGGUGGAUGGGUGACCCAUUGCUUGGAAUUUGUAAUUUGUCUAUCAGAGCUGAAUCUGGGGCGGGAAGGCACAUAAGACUGUAGAGAAGCCCGCAGCCCAAUUUGUCGUAUUGGAAGGGGGCUAGAGUUCCCCACAUAAGAUAAGGGGCCUUGCAAGUCCUGUGGAUAUGAAUAUCAGGUCUUUUUUCUGUAUCUUAGACUUGGAAUUAUCGAACCUUCUUC